AUGCACAAGUCGAGCAGGUCAAGCAAACACAAGUCGAAGAGCGGAGGCGGCAGAGGUGGGAGUACAUGGAGUGCGUGGAGUGAUUGGCAGUGGAAUCCAGACUACCAGAAGAACUACAGGUACCGUAUGAACAGCAAUGGCGAAUACGACUAUGAGUGGCAGGAUAUUGCGAUGCCGGCGCCGGCGCCGCAAGACGAUUUCACUCCCCGAGCAGUAGACGAACUCACGGAAACCAUGGACAACCUCGAUCUGCCGCCUACCACCGAACACAGUUAUGGCUAUGAGGGACAGGAUAUCGAGCAUAAUGAUCCAUCCUACAUGUAUGAACCUUCGGCGACAUCCCAAGGCAGCUCAGGUAGAUCUAGGAAGGGAAAAGAGACAGCCUACGCCCCAGAUCCACCCGCUGAACGAAGUCCUUCACCUGAAGACCCUCCCCCGCCGCCAUUAGAUCCUUUCUGGGGCGCAAAGGGUGGCACCACUGGGCUACAGGAUGAAGAAUUAGCUCCUCCGCAAGCUGGGGCAGAAAGCCUAUAUCACGAGUCUGAGGGAUAUGGGACAGCUCAUGAUCCAAUUACGGCUACAUACAGUCAAGACUCUGGAUACGCAACGGCGGACCUAGAUGACUAUGAUGAUCUGGUUGUGCAAGAGGCUGUGUCGGACCGCAACGAGAUGUAUGGGACUUCCGGUCACGGCGGGUCAUCGACGGAUCCCGCAUAUGGUACAGCUUAUCCAGCGUACGAGGAGGACGACGGUACGGCAACACCAAAGGGCCGCCAAAGCCCUACACCAUCCUUCGACAUAAGCGGCACUCAUGGGUCUGCUGAAGAUCUUGACCCUCGUUACGUCGUUGAACCGUCACACAAAUUCCGGCCCGGAUCGGUCUUCAAGGUUCUAUGGUCGGAGCCAUCCGGCUCUCACGCCGCAGGGAAUUCGACGAUAUCCGAAAAGCAGCAGAUUCAAGACCAGUUUGGAGGGUCUGUAUUCAUCGGUUUCAGGCGCUUCAUUGUCAUUGCGAAUGACGAAGGGCACUGCACCUGCGUGCCAAUCCUCACGUAUCAAGGCAAAGCUUGCAACAAGAGGGGCGUAAAGGCCCACAAGCACGGCAUGAUCUACAGCCACAAGCCUCAUCGACCGCUUCGCGAUGAGCCAAAGCUUGGGUUCCCACCAGUCCGGGCCAAGAUCACGAUAGAGGGAGAAAAGCUCGCCAAAGAAUCGCGCGUGAAUUACUCCAAACUUGUCACGGUUGAACACAAUGUCAAGGUCUUCUUCAUCGGCUACAUCAGCCCGGACGACUUUGAAGACGUCGAAUAUGCCGUCGAUGACUGCUGGGAGAAGAAGACCCGAGCGAAGAAGAAGUCAAGAAAAUAA